AUCGUCGGUUCUGCCACCGUCUGAGAUAAUCGAUAGGACCGAAAGAGAGGGCAUCUGAAAACUUGAGCCCGAAGGAACAAGUCUCCGGAACCCCGCUCUCUCUCUCUCUCUCUCUCUCUCUCUACAUCGGAGUAGAUGGCGACCGUCGCGAUCGACACCAAGCAGGCGUCAGAGGCUACCGCGGCGGAGGAGGUGUGCUCGGCCAAAGGCAUGAAGCAGCAAGGCGAAGGCCUCAGGCAGUACUAUCUCCAACACAUCCACGAUGAGCAGCUGCAGCUCCGCCACAAGACACACAACCUCCAACGCCUCGAAGCUCAGCGCAACGAUCUCAAUUCUCGAGUCAGGAUGCUAAAAGAAGAGUUACAGCUCCUUCAGGAGCCUGGAUCAUAUGUUGGCGAAGUCGUCAAAGUCAUGGGGAAAUCAAAGGUCUUAGUGAAGGUUCAUCCAGAAGGGAAAUAUGUUGUAGAUAUUGAUAAGAAUAUUGAUAUUACAAAGAUCACACCAUCUACAAGAGUUGCUUUACGUAAUGAUAGCUAUGUGCUACACUUGAUCUUGCCUAGUAAAGUCGAUCCUCUUGUGAACCUUAUGAAAGUUGAGAAAGUUCCUGACUCUACAUAUGAUAUGAUUGGUGGUCUUGACCAGCAAAUCAAAGAGAUAAAGGAGGUUAUUGAGCUUCCUAUCAAGCAUCCUGAGUUGUUUGAGAGUCUUGGAAUAGCUCAACCAAAGGGAGUUCUGCUGUAUGGGCCGCCUGGUACAGGGAAGACACUGCUUGCUAGGGCAGUGGCUCAUCAUACUGACUGUACCUUUAUCAGGGUUUCUGGUUCUGAAUUGGUUCAGAAAUAUAUUGGUGAAGGCUCUCGAAUGGUUAGAGAACUUUUUGUCAUGGCCAGAGAGCAUGCUCCAUCAAUCAUCUUUAUGGACGAAAUUGAUAGUAUUGGAUCUGCCCGGAUGGAAUCUGGCACAGGCAAUGGUGAUAGUGAAGUGCAGCGGACUAUGUUGGAGCUUCUCAAUCAGCUGGAUGGAUUUGAAGCAUCCAACAAGAUAAAAGUUUUAAUGGCUACGAAUCGAAUUGAUAUUCUGGACCAGGCACUCCUUAGACCUGGGCGGAUUGACAGGAAGAUUGAGUUCCCAAAUCCCAAUGAAGAGUCUCGCUUGGAUAUCUUAAAGAUUCACUCGAGGAAAAUGAAUUUGAUGCGUGGGAUUGAUUUGAAGAAAAUUGCAGAGAAGAUGAAUGGUGCAUCUGGUGCAGAGCUAAAGGCGGUGUGCACAGAAGCUGGAAUGUUUGCCUUGAGAGAGAGGAGAGUUCAUGUAACGCAGGAAGACUUUGAGAUGGCAGUGGCCAAAGUGAUGAAGAAGGAGACAGAGAAAAACAUGUCCCUGAGAAAGCUUUGGAAGUAGAUGCCUUGUAUUAUCCGUUCCCUAUUUCACCAUCCUAAAGGCCGAGGACUUUCUACCCCUCCAAACAGUUGCUCACUGUAUUUUUCAUUUGUUACAGGUUAAAUCAUGGAUUUUUUUUUAGGAUUAAUGCCUCUUAAAUUGUACUAUUUGACGACAGUUAAACUUUGUCAUAAUAUGCAACUCUCUCUCCCUCCAGGUUGAAUCAA